ACGACCCGCGCUCGCCGAGCGACGAAGACCGCCCUCUCUCUCUCUCUCUCUCCCUCUCUCUCUGUCGCGCGCGCGUGGCCCGCCAGUCGCGCGGUCCCGAGGAUGCUCUGCCUGGCGCUGUGGCUGCUGCCCGCGGCUGGCCUCGCCGCCUCGCUGCCGGAUCCGCAGAUGCUGCUGCCCGAGGCUGUGGAGCUGAGCGCUGAUAGGCCCGCCGAGCGCUUCAGGACCCCCUACCACAUCAUCAAAGACUGCAUGACGGUGAGCUCGGAGGACGGGCGGUACUUCCACAAGGCGGGCGGCGACGAGGCGGCGGUGUGCGGGGUGUACCUGCUGACGGACCCGGACCGCACCGUCGAGGUGCGCUUCGACCGCCUGGACGUGCCGUGCGCGCAGGGCGGCCUCGUGUCGUUCGUGGACGGCUGGGAGAUGAACCGCCAGUUCUUCCCCUCGCCCUCGGACCACCCCAAGCCGCUGGCGCUGCGCUACCACGAGUUCUGCGGCGGCGAUGACCGCAAGCUGAAGAAGCAGGUGUUCGAGUCGUCGCAGAACGCCGCGCUCGUGCAGUACCGCAUCCCGGCGCGCGGCAAGGGCUUCAGCUUCAGCGUGCGGUUCCCCAAGAACAGCACGCCGUGCAACAUCCUGCUGGAAGGCGCGGCGGACGUGUACACGCUGCGCAACUACGGCAAGCGAGCCAACUGCAGCCUCACCUCGCUGUACCCGGCCGCGGUGAAGGUGCUGUCCCUGGACGUGGGGCUGGCCAACCCGGAGCGCGGCCUGGAGGUGGAGACCGGCACCUUGCACAAGUGCCGCAAGAGGGGGCUGCCGGACUACGUGGAGCUGGGCGGCUCGGAGGGCCUCGACACGUCUCGGCUGGUGGUCGCCGACUCCGUCUGCGGCCUCGACUCCAAGCCCGGCAGCACGCUGGAGACGAUCCUGUGCGAGGUGACGACGGUGCGGCUGGUGUCCAGCGGCCAGUUCGACAACUCCGUCACCGUGUCGCUGCGCCAGGCCGGCGAGGAGGACGUGUCGGAGGCCGCGCUCGUCUGCGGCUACUGAGUCGGCCGAGCGCCCAGAUGCCAGCCAACCUCGAUGUGAUGUGAUGUCCCCUCAUGAAGUUCCUCCCGCCCCCCACCCGCAACGUGAUCAAGCCUACUUCUCCACGUCCGCAUGAGUGUCCUGUUAUUAUUUCAGUUGUGACUGAACUGAAAAGUGAAAAAAAAAACUAUAUUUUUAACAGUGAAACCUGACUUUUAGUUCAAAAUAAUGUGACGAUUUUGUGAUAGGUAUGUAUAAAUGAUUUAUUAGUUUUAGAGCUACAGAAUUAACAAACAUCUGUAAAAGAGACUUUUUAUAGCAUACUUUAUUAGUUUUAUAAGCGGAAAAACCUGAAAUGAUAUUUGUUUAAAAUUUCCAUUACAAUUAUUUAUCCUAAUGUAAUUUUUAAUCAAGAAUAAUUCUUGUAAAUAUUUCACCUUAAAAAUAUGUAUAGUGCUGACUUUACACAAACACUUUAAAAUAAAAGUAAAGUAAUAUAACGCUUAAACAAUGAGAUUACGAUAUAAAAAGAACAAAAAUCAAUAUUAUUGAAAUACUUCCGAUUCGAAAAUGAGAUUUAGAAAUAUUCAACAAUUUAAUAUUGAGUGAUCAUGAUUUGCAAUUAACAUAUAACCUUUGGUUAUAAAUAUUUUUGAUAAAACAUUUUGUUAAAAAUUACUUACAUAACUGAGAAAUUUAAAGUAAUUUAGUGUUACUUUGUUUCCCUUACUUAAGUGAAGUCUCAAUUUGUGUUUCCUAUGACCAGUCUCUCUACUAGGCUAAGGGCCAAUUUUUGCCACUGCAUCUAAACUUCAAGUUUAAUAAAAGGAAAAGAAAUUCAGUAUUAUAUUUGUCAUAACUUAUGCUGUAUUUAAUUACUUAUUAUUUAUUUUUAUGGUUGUAGGUAAAUGACCAGCAGAUGAGUGUUUUUCCAACAAACAAAAUGUAUUUUAUUAGUAUCAACUAUGUUUAGGUUAUAUUAACCAAACACUUGACAUGAAAAUGUAGAGGUACCAAAAACCAUGAUUCAAUAAACUCAGCUACAUGAUUAAAAGGCAGAACCAA